UUUCAUCUGGUUGCCCCUACGUCUCCGUCUAGCUAAAGAGAGAUACUUUUUUUCAUUCGACCAUAUGAAUAUUUUUGUCUGUGAUUUAGUUGCUUGACAAGUCCUAAAACUUCAGAAGGACAAAAAAAAAACUUGAUUUUAAAUGAUGAUGUUUUUUGUGCCCUUGAGGUCAAAAUUGACCCCCCUGUUGGCGCUUUUAGGGUUAAACAGACAGCUGGUCCCAGAACUGUGCCUAUAUAUACUCUUCUUCAUAUGUCUCCUCUCUGGCUUGACAAUCUCAGUCACUCAUCGCUCCGUCUUGCAACGCUCUCUUCCUUCUAGGAAGUGAUUUCAACCACCGGUCAAGAUGUCAGAUAAGAAGAUGUCGUCGAGUCGCAGGCAACAUCUGAAGAGCUUGAUGCUCCAGAUUGCCCAGGGGUUCAUAGAGGCUGAGGCCAUCCAGGCAGAGGAGGACAAAAACAGCUACAUGGAUGAAUGUCCCUCCUUCUCCGUCCCUGAAUCCAUGCAGGAACUCCAGGAUCUGUGUAAGAAGCUCCACCAGCAGAUUGAUGCAGUGGAUGAACAGAGAUAUGACACGCAAAGCAAAGUAGCCAAGUCUGAUAAGGAGAUUGAGGAUCUGAAGAUAAAACUACAAGACCUGAAGGGCAAGUUCAAGAAGCCCGUCCUGAAGAAAGUCCGCAUGUCUGCUGAUGCUAUGCUCCAGGCUCUGCUGGGCUCCAAACACAAGGUGUCCAUGGACCUGAGGGCCAACCUGAAGCAAGUCAAGAAGGAGGUCAAGGAGGAGGUGAAAGAUGCAGCUGACUGGCGUAAGAACAUAGAGGACAAGGCUGGCAUGGACGGUAGAAAGAAGAUGUUUGAGUCUGACCCUUAAGACCCUUUAACAAGACCCCUAAUAUGUGUAUUUGUGUUCAUAUGUCUCAUCUGAUAACAUCCUUCAUUUUAAUCUACAUUCUCCUCCUGUCAUUUGUAUUUACACUGCUCUGUCUAAUAAAAGAAAAUACUUCAAUAUAUAUUUUUUUUUUUUUUUAUAAUGGGGGAAAUGGACAAAUUGUAAAAUGUAAGCAUGCGUGACUGUGAGUCAGUGGAGGCUCCUCAGAGGAGGAAGUGAAGGACCAUCCUCCUCGGUCAAUUUCAUAAAAAUAAAAUAGCGAAACAUUAAAAAAGUUAUCCUUUGUAGAUAAAACUAUACUAAAUAUAUUCACUAUUAUAUUCAAUUUCAUAAAUUCACGUCACCAAAUAAUUGAUUAAAACACAUUGUUUGCAUUGAAGUUCUACAGUAGCCUCAGCAGCGCUCUGAAGGGU